AGCACGCCACACGCUUCGCCCUCGCCUCACGAUGUCGUCGCCCCGCAUCAUCAUAAUCGCCUUGGCCUUGGCCACGGGGGCCGCCGCCCGCAUCAUCGUCGGCGGCGAAGAAUCGAAGCCCUACUCACGCACCCACGUCGUCUCGCUCAUCGACAAGUUCGACGACCAUAACUGCGGCGGCUCGCUCCUCGACGGCGGUCAAGUCGUCCUCACGGCGGCCCAUUGUUUCUUCAGCCGUGAGGGCAACCUGCUCCCGAACGUCGCGCGCGUGUAUUCGGCCGGCGUCCACCUGCACGACUACACGAAGCUCGACCACGUGUGCUCGAAGAUCAUCGAGGUCGAGAAGGUCCUCAUCCACCCCGAUUACGAUACGUGGACCAGCGAGAACGACGUCGCGCUCAUGUUUCUGUCGGAGCCGGCGCCGUGCGCGGCGGACGGGCGCACGAAGACCGUCACCCUCGAUCGCUCCGAUUCGUUCGACCCCUACGUCGGCGAGAAGCUCAUGGUCGCGGGCUGGGGCGCGACGAACAAGCAGGGCUCGAAAUACCCCAACAAACUGCACGAGGUCGCGCUCGACUUCAUCGACACCGACGCCUGCGCGUCAAAGUGGGGGCCGGGCUACAUCUCUCCUGAUGUGAUGCUCUGCGCGUGGGACCCCAACGAGGAGAAGGAUUCAUGCUUCGCUGAUUCCGGCGGCCCGCUGUUCGUCGACACCGCCGACGGCGGCGUCACGGAGAUCGGCAUCGUCAGCUUCGGCCCGCCUACGUGCGCCGCGUCGAAGCCGGGGGUCUACGCGCGCGUCUCCCACUUCGCGGACUGGAUCGACGAGAACGCGUUCGUCACCGAGGGAGGCGGCUCCCUCUCCGAGGUCGAGUCGGGCACCUGCGCUUCGUCGUGGACCACGGGCGACGAGGGCUGCCACGAGACGCAGAUCGACUGCCCGCCGACCCCGUGCGACGGCGACGCGGGCGGCCCCUGGUGCGUCGACGUGGGCGGAACGUCCUGGUUCUACUGCGCGCCCGAGCCCGUGACGACGACCACGACGACGGCCGCGCCCUUCCUCACGCAGAUCGAAUCCGGGACGUGCUUGCCUUUCUGGACCACCGGCAACGAGGGCUGCCGCGAGACGCAGAUCGACUGCCCGCCGACCCCGUGCGACGGCGACGCGGGCGGCCCCUGGUGCGUCGACGUGGGCGGAACGUCCUGGUUCUACUGCGCGCCCGAGCCCGUGACGACGACCACCGAAGUUCCUCAUUACGGUCAGAUCGAUUUCGAUUCCGGCACCUGCGCGUCGGCGUGGAACACCGGCGACGAGGGCUGCGAAACCGUGACGCAGGUCGGGUGCCCCGCGGCCCCUUGCGACCACGACCCCAACGGGGCCUGGUGCGUCGACGUGGGCGGGGCGUCCUGGUUCUACUGCACGCCCGAGAGCGAGGAAUUUCUCGAGAAGAUCGGUCGACGUGGACGGGGCGUCCUGGUUCUACUGCACGCCCCCCGAGGGGGUGACGACGACGGCGAAGCCCUCCUGUCCGGCGACGUGCUUCGGGCAAACGUGCGAUCACUGGGCCGAGGCGGACGGCGAUACGUGCGCCGAACUCGAGACGCCCUUCUGGGGCUGCGACUGCGCGGGUUGCGCGUGCCCCAACGACACACCGUCGUCCUGUCCGGCGACGUGCUUCGGGGAAACGUGCGAUCACUGGGCCGAGGCGGACGGCGACACGUGCGCCGAACUCGAGACGCCCUUCUGGGGCUGCGACUGCGCGGGUUGCGCGUGCCCCAACGACACACCGACGUCGACGGACCCGUGCGCCGUCUUUAGCAAGAAACGGUGCAAGAAGCAGGGCUCGUGCUCGUGGAACAAGAAUUCGAAGACCUGCUCGGACGGCUGCUCGGCGAUCUCGGACAAGAAGGCGUGCAAGAAGAGCCAAGCUCCGUGCGAGUGGAAGCAGAAGUUAUGCCAGGCCGUCGAUUGCUCCGGCAAGUCGAAACAGCAGUGCAAGAAGGGCAAGUACAAGAAGGCGUGCAAGUACAAGAAGAAGCGGGGGGGGUGCAUCCCCAAGUAGCCGACGCCAGCGUCGCGCUCCGCGCGAGCCUCGAGUAUAUCCCGCCGCGCUCCGCUCCCCCCCCGCGCGCGAGCCACUACGGUGACACCCUUAAUCCAUCUCGCCGU